AUGGGAGGAUACGGUCAUGUCGCACUAUACCUGCUGCUGAUACACUGUGCGAUAGCAGUCAAAGUGAAAGUCGUGUUACAUUCUGAGCAAGACGAUUCCAAGAUCGAAGAAGAUGAGACGGCCCACACCGAGACCUGGAACGACCAUAAACGAAAGGAUGCUACGUUGAUGCCAUUUCUCAAACAUUCACAUGGCAAGGCACACGCAGAGGAAAAGGAAUACGAGGAGGAGAAGCCAACAACCGAGAAACAAACGCAUCAAUUGCAUCCUAAUGAGAUGAUAUUCCCUCUGAUCUACCGGCAAAACCAUAUUAACAGUAUGUUUAAAUUUGGCGAAAAUUGGUAUACAUGGUCAACGGAAAAGAGGACGGACGGUUCAAAAGCUACAAAUUACUACAUCUGCUAUGACGAGCCCAAGCACUGUGAUGAUAUUGGAUGGGAACGUACAGACACUCUGCCAAAAUGUGCAUUCCAAAUUGACUCAUUGCUACCUGACGACAGAGCUUGCAUCAACAGCUUUGGUGUGGAACCUCACAACAACGGCGGCGUUUGCGAUGGUGCAGAACAAAUGAAGGUGAGCGAAAUGGUUCGAGCGUGCGGUCCGCGGAUUCGAUCUCUGUGGAGAUUCUUCCGUGUAGGGCGGCGACCGGCUAAUGCAGCCAAACCAGCUGACGUGAACUCUCUCAUUUGUGAAGAUGAAGAGGAAUGCUACAUCACUAUUGAAUAUAGAAUUCACCACGACAGAAUUACCUUCUCUCUACACGAACCUACUCGAGGCCAAACUUUCAAAAGCGCUCUUAAACGGGACGUCGUGCAAGAGGAGGAGAAACUCACUACGGAACCACCUCACGUCCACGUUCGGAAGACUAAGAAGAAUGUGAGAGAAGAAGAACUGCCUCCGAAGCCGUCGAAGAAAUUCCGAGCGCGGACACGAAGCAAGGUAGUUGAAGGCAAGGGCUUGGUAAAAGAACGUAACGACUCAGGAUACAGGAGGACGUUAAAAAAUAAAAUCAAAGUACGAGAGGACGUCUCCGAUGACUUGUCGGAAUAAGCCAAGCUCGUGGAAAAUGUCUGAUUCUAGCGGCAGUCUCGAUGCAGCAGGAUGCUACAUUAUGUCUUGUUUUGUACAAUAAUUCAUAGAAAUAUGUAUUUAUGGGUCUGCAUAUGGUGGGCACAGAGUAAGAUAAAAAAAAAAAAAACAAAAAAAUAU